AUAGAAGUUAGGAGAAAACAGCAGAUGUGCCGUAGGUCACAUGGCCUGAAAAAGUGGAAUUUUCGUUACAACUCAACACAAGUCGUACAGUCUGAGAAGGCAAUGUGGCUGUUACCAAAAAAUAUUGUAUUUUUGUUACUACUGUAUUUGAUUUUACUUCUGUUGCUGAGUGUACCUAAUGUAUAUAGCCAGUCAGUUGUAACAGUUGAUGUAGUGGCCAAAGAAGGUGAUGGUGAAGUGGUGAUACCGUGCGACUAUUCACAAGUUACUAAUUCACCUUUGGCUAUCUUAUGGAAGGAAGUAAAUGACACUGGAGAAGCUAGUAUUGUAAAUAAUAAAGACACUGUAAGUGGACGUUACAGCUUAAGAACAACUCCUGGGAAUGCUGACCUGGUUAUUACAAAGCCAGUUAGGAGUGAUACUCAGAAAAGAUUUCAAUGUCAGAUACUGACAACAAGCGGGGAGUCCAUAAAUUCAGAUCUUUCCAUCCUCUCUGUAUAUUACCUAGAUGAGCCUGUACUGUCUGCCUCAGUAAGCAGUGUCUAUAAAGGUGAAUCAGUGACCUUGACCUGUAGUAAACCUGAUGGUGACCCGCACCCUAGUAUCACAUGGUAUAAAGAUGGACAAGCACUCAGCAUCACAGACAGCUCUAGAUUUACUACAAGUGAAGAUGCUCUUGAAAUACACAUUGAAGCUGCAACUGCAGCUGAUGGUGGCAGGUAUACAUGUAAAGCUGAAAGUGAUCAAUUAAGAGGAAAAGAUGGCAAAACCAGUAAUCAAAUUGACUUGAAAGUAAUAUAUCUUACAAUUACAUUUGAAUCAGAAGUUGGAACUGCAACAUGCACUGCAAACGGUCAUCCCGAACCAUCUUCUGUAAUAAUAUACAAAGAUGGGGAAAUGAUUGAGAAUGGAACACUUACUGCAUCUACGAAAAUUUAUGAAGAGAUUUGUAAAUCAAACAUCACAUGCUAUGCAGAGAAUGGAGAAGUUAAUGCAACAGAACCAUUGAAGACCUGUAAAGAUAGCAGCAAGGUUGAUGUAAAAGACAAUAAGAUUAAAAAUGAGGGUUCAAACUCAGCAUUGUAUGCACUUUUCGUUAUUCCUGUCAUACUGUGGAUACUGUUUCUGCUUUACUUUAUAUUUUGCAGGAAAAUUGAGAUGAAAGGUGAAGAUAUGACAGCAGUAGAAGGCGACGUAUCACUUGCAAUGAGAAAAAAAUAUCGUCCUAGUAUCGCCCACUUUAAGACUUUCCAGUGGGACUUAGCAGUAAAAAAUGAAGAGAAAAACAAGGAGGAAUGGAAAACACAGGGAAAACCUGGUUCACCUCCCAAGCUCUGCAGUAAUACUACAUUUUUCUUCAAGUAUAUUCUCCGUUGCUGUUUCUACUUUUGUGGAAUUUGUUGUAUUGAAUACUUUGGAAAAUAUGAAAAUGGUGACUUGGAAAAGAAAAGUAAAAAUAGUGAGGGUAAACAUUAUAAGGGACUCGAGCUGGAAGAAAAAGACUGUGAAAGAGGAAUUGCUGAUGGUGAGGAUCACUGUGGUAACAAUGACCCCAAUGAAGAAGAGGCCUGUGUGAACAUUUCAACAAAGAAUAGCAACAUAGAAAGUCAACUUCUGACCUCCACCAAUUCUGAUGAUAAAGGAAAAAAUUCAGUAUGCCGAUCUUGACCUUGGUCAAAGUACCUCAAACAAGAUAUUACGGACUGAGGAACAAACUCCUUAUUUUGAAAUGAAUGAGGGAAAACUAGUCCAUAUUGGUAUGUAGAUGAAUUUUGCAAUAAUGAAAUUAAAAUAAACCCAGCUGCUAAAAUUUUACUUCUAUUAGCUGAAAAUAUAGCAUUCCAAGCCCUUAGCCAGGGGGGUUCGUAGGGUUCGAACGAACCCCCCCUUUUUCCUGAAGUGCCCUUUUUUGACUAAAAGUGCUAGCCUCUACAACACAAGAAAGUUUUCCUUUUCACCCCAAACAAGUAAGGCCUAGCUAAGCUGACGACGAUAUUUUGGCCUAAAAUGUAACCUACAUAAUGAGUAAAUCAUUUUUUUAAAGACAUUUUACAUCCCCUUUCUGCUAGCUUAUUCAGCCGAUGUAUAGGCCAGCGUAGGUCUCCUGGCUGCUACUAGGUUGUAUUUAUUUUUAUGUAGAAGAUA